AUGGCGUCUGCGCCGAAGAAAUCGCUCACGGACGCGCCUAGCGGGCGGGAGUACAAGUACUCCCAGGAGAUCUCGCAAAUGAUGUUCGUCUUUGGCGAGGUGCAGGAUCCGAACCCAGAGACAGUCAAUCUCGUGGAGGAUAUUGUGCGCAGUCAGCUAAUUGAGCUGAUUGUGCAGGCACGCAUGCUUGCAACCCGCCGCGGUGCGCGGUAUCUUUCAGCGGAGGACCUGAUUUUCCUCAUCCGACACGACCGGGGAAAGGUCAAUCGUCUGCGGACCUACCUCUCUUGGAAGGACGUCCGGAAGCAUGCUAAGGACUCCGGAGGCGAUGGCGGAGGUGGCGUCGAAGUUGAAACCCUUGAGGACGGUGCAGAUGACAAAUUGACCACAAAGGCGCAAAAGAUCACCAUCAAGCUGCCUUGGGAGAUCAUGACCAUAUACUCCGACGUACUCCCGACCGAUGAUGAAGAAGACGAGGAUGAUAUCGAAGCGCAUGAAGCAUCUAUUCAGCGACUGAAGGAAGCCGACGAUGCGACAAGACAAAUGACGCGGGAAGAAUAUCAACACUAUUCCGACUGUAGACAGGCAUCCUUCACGUACCGCAAAGCCAAGAGGUUCAGGGAGUUCCUUAAUUUGCCUCCGUCGCUCGAUUUGAAGGCAAAUGACGACACUGUUGACAUCGUCGGCUUUCUCGCAUUCGAGAUGGUCCGUUCUCUAACCCUCGCUGGCCUUGAAGUCAAGAAAUCGCUUGAAGAGUCGUAUCUCCGCGAAGAUGUGCACUCGACUUCCCCCCUCUUGGGUAAGCGCAAGGCAAACUCUGCGCUGGGGUCCGACGCCAAGCGCAUGCGUCGCGAGGACUCACCCGAUCGUGACACGGAAUCGCCCCUGCCGACAUGCUCGCUGUUCUUGCCUCCACCGGAGGCACGUACAGCGCUGCAACCAGAGCACAUUCAGGAUGCAUUCACGCGCAUGCAAUCCGACUGGGCAUUGCGCCGGUCUGCUGGCAUGCGCAACUGGCGAGGGGGCUUGGUCAGGACUACUGUCAGCCUCAUCUAA